AUGGGGUGUUGGGAAGGUCAAUUUUCACCAAGUGACGUACAAAUCAAGAGCAAGAGCUGCUCUUCAUACUAUCGUCUCACUGGAAAGUAUGAUGCCUCGACCAAAAAACAACAACUCAAGAAACUCAAGAACACCUUGACUCACGACGCACUCACCGGUCUCCAAAAUAGAUACCAUCUCAACAACAAGAUUCAAAAGUUUUAUGCCAAGUCUUCAUCUGAACAAUGCUCAAUCUACUUUAUCGAUCUCAACAAAUUCAAACAAAUCAACGAUUCCCACGGACACGACAAUGGUGAUGUUGUCCUCAGAUCAGUUGCCGAUCGUUUCCAACAAUUCGCCGACGAAUCAGUUCUCCCAGUCCGCCUCUCUGGCGAUGAAUUCCUCAUUGUCAAACGCAAUGUAGAAUCAAACACACAAGCUGACCAAUUCAUUUCCAGCUACCUCUCAAGUGUCCAAUGCGACACUGUCCAACUCAACGACCCAACCACCUCGAUCAAAGUCACUCUUUCAACAAAUCACAAUUAA